ACCAUGCGGGCAAAAUGAAGGCAGGAUGACUGAAGGGGGAAAUGAGUCUCAGCCUCAAGAGCCUCCUGGUGUACGGGGUGAUUGUGGGCGUCUUGCUGGGAAAGACCAUUCCCACCACUGAGAUAUGGCAGCAGCUUAAACGCUUCCCGCGAAGCGCGCUGCUGAACGCCCCGGUCGCUGAGCAGAAGGUCAUCGGCUCGGAUGACGGCCCCGUGAAAGUCUACAUCAAAGUACACGAGAAAAGCCCGCGCAUUCUUUGCGCCACGCCCCAGCUGAGGAACAUGGAGCUGAUGGACCCCAACUUCAGUUGGAAAGGACCGAAAGGCACAGAUCUCUCCAAGAGACCGGACAUGAAUAUAUCUCUGACAGGGACCCUGACCAUUGAUGAUUUCCGCAAGGAUUUAUCUGGAGUUUACGUAUGCACAAUUUAUUUUUAUAGUCCCAGUACAAAGUCUUUGCAGUCCUUGAAUCUUAAGUAUUUCCUGUAUGCUUACCGGGACCCCAAUUACACCUAUGAGUUUCAGGUGCAGUAUCAUGCAGCGGAUUGUCAAAAUGCAUACAACAGCCUCUUCUUAAAGAGGUUGCACACAGCUUUGAACCAGCUGACUUCAGACCUGGCCUACACUAUCAGUAUCCACAAGUCAACGUGCCACACGCUCAAAGUGCCCUUGGCCGGCAUACAGUACGAGCUGUACCUGACGCUUAAGCUGCACCUUGACGUGGAGGAACUGGACAGUAUCUGCGAGAACAACCAGGAGGACUGCGAUCACAACCUCCGGCUGGAGAAAGUGCGGCACCGCGUGGAGGCGUUCUUCUCCAAGCAGGCGGACAUGUACCGAGAGAUCUUCGGCUUGCUGCCGUUCGUCUACUACAUAGACGGGACGCUGCAGGUGAUCCGCGCCGACCGCUGCAAGCCCGGCUUCGGCAAGGACCACAAGAAGCACCCAAACUGUCCCGGGUGCUGCGUGGUGUGUGGCCCGGGCUCCUACAGCAGUGGCCGGCACGUCAGCUGUCUGCCCUGCAUUGAAGCCAUCCAUUACGGAGAGUCAGACUGUGACAUUGAGUGAGGAGUGCUUUACUUGUGGACUUGAUGAAUCAUUGCAAUCUUGCCCAGACACAGGUUAUGACUUUUUAGAGAAAUAAAUACCAUGGGCAAGCAGGGAUCAGGAAAGAAGUCCCAGGUCAUGUGUACAGAAAGGUGGCGUCCUGCAUUUUAAAUAAAAGGAAUAUGUGAAGUUGCCUAUUUCUAAUAGUCUAUUACAAGAUUUUACUCAUAUUGGGGAGGAAGGGUGGCGAUUUCAUUUUAACGAAAAUUUGAUAUGAAUGAAUUUUUAUUGUUGAAAUUAUUCUGUCUGUCUCAUAUUUAUGCGUUGUUAAUAAACUUUGGAAUAU